CCUCCUUGUCAGGCUACAAAUAAUGCUUUACGGGGCGUUGAUUUCCGGUAGUACCGCUUAAUUUUCAUGUUUUAAAAAGCGGCAGUUUUGUGUUCGUGUGUGCACACGCGUUGUGUGUUUGUGAUUGUCCGUUGCCGGUAUAAUUGUCACUGCUUUGCACCGCAGGCAAGCUAGUUUGCCUACAUGCAAGUUACCGUCGCUGCUCCGCCACCGUUGCUCAGCGAUGGCCGAGAGCCCCGCCACCAAAGAAGCCGACGGGGAAGAAGUGUGUCGGUCGCUGAAGAAUGGACUGAAGCCGGAGCGCAACGGCUCUGCGAGGAGCCUUCACCGCAACCGCAAGCGACAGAAUGAUCGCCGUUGCCAAGCGGAUGAGGAGGAGGAGGAGGAAGAGGAGACGACACCCCAGCAUGACAGCUUGUACAGUCGUCCUUUCACAGAGUCUUUUGAGGAGACGCCCAUGUUGGUGGCCGUCCUCACAAACGUCGGCUACGUUAUCCUCAUCAUCUUUGGCUACCUUCGGGACUUGCUCCGCCACUGGAAGAUUGAACAGCGUCACAUUGCCAGAGAGAAGGAGGAACAGAAGGACUUUGUGCCGCUUUAUCGGGACUUUCAGAACUUUUACACCAGGAACCUCUACAUGCGCAUCAGAGACAACUGGAACCGACCCAUAUGCAGCGUUCCUGGAGCCAAGAUGGACCUGAUGGACAGAACCUCCCAUGACUACAACUGGACUUUUGAGUACAACGGUCGCACAAUGAAGGAUGUGAUUAACUUGGGCUCCUAUAAUUACUUGGGCUUCGCUGAGAAUACUGGACCGUGUGCUGACUCUGCAGCCCAGGUCGUCCGGACAUACGGCAUCGGAGUCGCCAGCACCAGGCAGGAAAUUGGAAACCUGGACAAGCAUGAGGAGAUGGAGAAACAGGUGGCCAAGUUUCUGGGGGUGGAGUCGGCCAUGGCGUUCGGAAUGGGCUUUGCCACCAACUCCAUGAACAUACCAGCACUGGUUGGAAAGGGAUGUCUCAUUCUGAGUGAUGAACUGAACCAUACUUCCCUGGUCCUGGGAGCCCGACUCUCUGGGGCCACCAUCAGAGUCUUUAAGCACAACAAUAUGCAGUGCCUUGAAAAGUUGCUGAGUGAAGCCAUCAUCUAUGGUCAGCCCCGAACCCACAGGCCGUGGAAGAAGAUCCUGAUCGUGGUGGAGGGCAUCUACAGCAUGGAGGGCAGUAUAGUGCGCCUGCCCGAGGUCAUCACUCUGAAGAAGCGGUACAAAGCCUACCUUUACCUGGACGAGGCCCACAGCAUCGGCGCCCUGGGUCACAGGGGCAGAGGCGUGGUGGAUUACUUUGACCUUGACCCCCGUGAUGUGGAUGUGUUGAUGGGCACCUUCACCAAGAGCUUUGGGGCUGCUGGGGGUUACAUCGCUGGGAAAAGGGAGCUCAUCGAGUACCUGCGGUCCCACUCCCACAGCGCCGUUUACGCUGCCUCCAUGUCUCCUCCUGUGGUGGAGCAAAUCAUCACUUCUAUGAAGUGCAUUAUGGGAGAUGAUGGAACAUCCAUAGGCUGCAAACGUCUGCAGCAGCUGGCAGAGAACACCACCUACUUCCGCAGGAGGCUCCGAGAAAUGGGCUUCAUCAUCUACGGCAACGAUGACUCUCCCGUCAUUCCCAUGAUGCUCUAUAUGCCCGCCAAGAUAGGUGCCUUUGGCAGGGAGAUGCUGAAGAAGAACAUCGGCGUGGUGGUCGUGGGCUUUCCUGCCACCAGCCUCGUCGAGUCGCGGGCACGCUUCUGCAUUUCCGCUGCUCACUCGAAAGAAAUCCUGGACACGGCGCUGAGUGCUAUCAGUGAAGUAGGAGACGUUCUCCAGCUCAAGUACUCUCGUCGCCUAACACAGAACGCACCUUCAGCUCAUCUGUUUGCAGAAAACAUGUUUGAGGACAUUGACGACUGAAGAACUUUUUGUUCAAGUGCUUUGGAACAGAAAAAAAACAAACAGAAAAAUGCAGGUGAGUCUCCAUGAUGCGUCUUCCAUGAAGAGCCAAUGGUGCUCGCACCUCGCCUCUGGAAACGCAGCCGGAAAACAUCACCAGAUUCUACUUUGCCUUAUAUAGUAAACCGCAGAAAGCAGCACGAACGCUCGUCCUGUCUUCUGUUUUUUCUUUUCUAACUAAUCUGUCAAAAAAGGAACAAAAAACUGUCUUACCAUAUGGUUUGAUUUUUUUAAAUACGCAUUUGUAUGCUGUGUGCCUUUGUUACACGUGUGAAGUGGACACCACUUUCCCAAAUCUUACUGGAAGUUUGAGCUGCUACGAGUGUAAAGUCCCAUUUACUGAGUCAACGUUACACUUUUCACUACCGAAGGUCUCUUCUUUAAAUCCAUAAUGAUGCUAAUGCACAUUUUUACCAACAUUACUCCUGUCUCUUGAUUUAUAUUUAUAUAUCACUUACUGUUAAGCUGCAUAAAGUUACUCCCCUAUUUUCUGUUUGCCAGAUGAAGCUUAAACCUAAUGUAAAGGUGAUUUUUCUUUUUUUCUUUUUUAAGAACAGUUCAGUAGAUUUUAGGAUUUGUGUUCUUUAAGAAUCUAAUCACAAAUACACCCCCCAGUUUUUUUGACUGUGUUGACUUUUUUGAGAGUCUUCAGAGCUUUAAAAUGUUCUUUAGAAAAACGGGACUGAUUUAGUGUAAAAUCACAUUCUGACAUGUCAGUUCCACAUAAUUCACUCGGCUCUCCCAAAACCCGGAGCCGAUGACGUCGGUAUUUUAAGAAGUGGAUGCUUUCCGCCAAACUGUCAGCUGAAUUUCCGCUCAAGACGGGGAGGAAGCUGGCAGGUGUGAGUGCCGCACGCUUUAACAGCUGCUUCCAGGUAAUGAUAAAUCACACCUGAUAACCUACCCCCCCACCCCACCCCCCACACACACACACACACAGCCACACACACACACACAGCCACACACACCUCUCAUGUCUCAUUAUGAGCACAUGGCGUCUGUUUGCACUGUCAACAGCUUAAGCUUGAUUUUAGAGAGAAAAGCAAUUGAUAAAACUGCAACUUUUGGGGUUUUGUUUCCAAAGUUGAAACUUUUUCUUAUUUAUGAUUUAACUUGUGUCUUUUUUUUUCUUAGUGUUAUACCAGAAGCAAAAUGAUCUGCAGAAGCGUUUGGUGUAACUUGUUGUUUUGUCUGGUUUUGUCACUGCUUGUGGGUCAGUACAACAAAGUGCCAAAGCAGAAAUGGAUCUCCGACAUUCAGCCAAAUGACAAAAACGCUGUUUGAGUUAAACAUUCGCCGUCAUUUCAACUCAGAGGCUUUUAAUUGCACACAUUGUAACCACUGCGCUGCUUCCUGUUUGUUUUUAGAUGUGAAACAGCAGUAGCAGUAAGUGUAGCUCAAUGAAAUCCAGUGACGUUGAGAAAAAAAAAAAAGAAAAAGGAUUUAGUAAAGUUUCAGUCGACCUCAUUGGACGGACGUUUUUGUCAGAUCGCCUCUCGGAGUUUUACGGGUACACAAACGGAGAACCAGUAUUUUGCCGUCACUUUAAACCCAUUAUUCCUCUGUAUUCUUCUUCAACACCUUCUUACAUUACCAUGUCGGUUGCACAUGCAACCAUACGUUGGGGGGGACGUGCAGCACGUUAGUCACCUGCAUCUGAUAACUGUUUUAAUACCUUGUAGGACAGAGCGCCAUCUUUGUGCCACGGCAUUCGUGACUUACUAUUUUGUGGUGCAAAUGAGGGCGAGGGCUCUGCUGCACGCUUUCUGCUGGAAAUGUUGACAUCGCUGCACGUCAUGGUGUUGAUGUCCAUUCAAAUCGGGCUUUAUGUGUAAUUUGUGCUGCUGAGCUUUUGGAAGGAUCCUCCUCACUGACGAUGACUGUAGGAAGAAGAUAGGAGCACACUUGCAUGUGUGCAUUCUGACACUCCAGGCGGAAAAUACUCCAUGUACACUGUGAGGAUUCAUCACUGAUGCUGCUUUCCACAGAUUCUGCGUCUCAAACAUAUGUUCUCCUAACGUUUAUUUUUAUAUAGGAAUUCCACAGAUUUGUUUCGUGUUUGUUUAGUUUUAUUUGUGUCACUGAAAAUAAUCUGAAGAAAUCUUUAUGUUCAGUUUUUAAGCUUUAAAUUGAUCCUCAGAUUUGAUGCGUGACAAUAAACAAGUUAAUCUUUGUUAGCCAUUAAAUUCUCACUUGUUCCCUAAAAAGAUGCAGAAUGUGGCUUUUAAUUAAUGAAGUACUUUCUGUUUUUCCUUUUUUUUUUUGUUUUUACUGCCCACAUUGGGGGGGGGCGACAUGUUACAGACAAAAGUCUGCAUAGUAGUGCCUUUUUUAAGCUAAAGAUUUUCUAGAGCGCCACAUUUAGAUCCAUUUAUUUGUCAUUAGUACACAUACCUAACGCCGAGUGUCUGUGUUGUUUUGUUGCCACGCAUUUCAUCAUACAAAGUGCACUAUUUGCAGACACUGUUGUGCAAUGUCAGCUGGAUUCAUGUUAAUAAAACCAUUCAAGCAAAA